CUCUUACCUCUACAAUAUAUAAAGCCAAAAUAAUACACAUACAGCACUACUGAAGAAAGAUACUUGAGCUAAAGCCAACAAAGACAAAGUGAACUUUUUUUCAGAGUCCCAAGAUGAAUCCAAAAGUGGUAAUACUGGUGACAGCGAUGGCCCUUCUCUGCCUUGCACCACUUGGGAAAGCAGAUGAGGAUAAAGAUGAUAAAAAAUCUGAUAAAGAGAAAGAGGAAAAGGAUUCAGAGGAAGGUUCAGAGGAAGGUUCAGAUGAAGAUUCAGAUGAAAAUUCAGAUGAAGAUUCAGAUGAAGAUUCAGAUAAAGAUGCUGGUGAUAAGAAGGAGGGCAAUGACAGAGCUGAUGAAAACGAGGGGAAAUGAAAUCUAGAGUGAGAAAGAGGAAAAGGAGGCACAAGAUAAUGAUGAUGACCUCACUGACGAUGCUGUUAUAAGAUAUGACAUUCCACAUAUUAAGCAAGAAAUACAUUUAUGUCUUGAGAAUUAAUGUGUAAUGUUAUAUUUUACUUUCAUGACAAAUUAAUCAAUUAA